AAAAAUCUUAACAAAACGUACUGCCAGGGACCGCGCUGGUGCCGCGGUGUUGGUAAGUCUGCGCAUGCUCUCUUCAGUCGAUAGCUCUCGGUGCUCUGGAUCGUCCUUUUGUGAUUGUUUUCUAACAUAGUUUGUAAUUAUUUAGUGUUUUAUGCGUUGAUAUAAGUGACAUUAGUGAAUAAUAGUGAAGUGUUGAUGUUUUAUUUCUAAUGGCGUCCGAAGAAGAGGUUGACGAGUGUUUACCAGUUGACGAUGAAGUCGAUACCAGUGUUGUUCAACCAGAAGGCACUGAAGAUAAUUCACCCGACAGUGAUGAAAGAAGCAGGAUAGAGGAAGAAGAUGAUGAAUAUGAUCCAGAAGAUGGUAGGAAGAAAAAGAAAGGAAAAAAGAGAAAAGCCAAAGGGGAGAGUAAGAAAGAAAAGAAACGUAAAAAAAGGAAGAAGAAUGAUAGUGCAGAAGAAAGUGAAGGAGGUGGUGAUGAUGAAGUUGAUUCUGAUUAUGGUAGAAAAUCGAAGAAAGCCAAAGGAACUCCUCAACCAAAACCAGUUCAACAAGAUUCUUCUGGAGGAGUACCAUCCGUUGAGGAGGUUUGCAGUCUUUUUGGCCUUACUGAUGUGCAGAUUGACUAUACUGAAGAAGAUUACCAAAAUCUUACCACCUACAAACUUUUCCAACAGCAUGUUCGUCCUAUCCUAGCCAAGGACAAUCAAAAGGUUCCGAUUGGAAAAAUGAUGAUGCUCGUGGCUGCAAAAUGGAGAGAUUUCUGCAAUUCCAAUCCCAAUGCUCAACAGGAGCCUGACCCAGAAGCUGCAGAAGAACAGGAAUACUCAAAGCCCACCAGGACAAGACCUUCACGCGUUUCAACUACACAAAACGAUGAUGAAGAAGAUGAUGAAGCUGAUGAAAGGGGCAGAAAAAAGAGAAGUGGAAGGAGUAAAAAAUCAUCUGGAAAGAAGUCCGCUCCUCCAGCUACAACCAAGGUCCCUACUCUCAAGAUCAAGAUAGGAAAAAGGAAACAGAAUUCCGAUGAAGAAGAUGAAGGUUCUGUCGGAGCUGUUUCUGAAAGGGACUCGGAUGCUGAAUUUGAGCAAAUGCUUGCAGAAGCAGAAGAAGUUAAUAAACCCGAAGGAACUGUAGAGGAAGAAGAAGGUACUGAAGUCCCUGUGCCAAAGAAAAAGGCCAAAACGAAAAUUGGUAAUAAAAAGAAAAGGAAGAAGACCAGGACUACUAACAAGUUUCCAGACAGUGAAGCUGGUUAUGAAACUGACCAUCAAGACUAUUGUGAAGUUUGUCAACAAGGAGGUGAAAUUAUUUUAUGUGAUACAUGCCCUCGGGCUUAUCACUUGGUCUGUUUAGAUCCUGAAUUGGAAGAUACGCCAGAAGGCAAGUGGUCAUGCCCUCAUUGUGAAGGUGAAGGGGUUCAGGAAAAAGAAGACGAUGUUCAUCAAGAGUUUUGCAGAGUUUGUAAAGAUGGUGGAGAACUUUUAUGCUGUGAUUCUUGCCCUUCUGCGUACCACACAUUCUGUUUGAAUCCUCCAUUGACAGACAUCCCAGAUGGUGAUUGGAAAUGCCCACGUUGUUCGGCGAAGCCUUUAAGAGGUAAAGUUUCUAAGAUACUUACUUGGAGGUGGAUCGAAUCCCCUAGUAGUAAAGAUGAAGAGGACAAUACUAAAAAACGUAAUAGGCAAAGGCAAAGAGAAUAUUUUGUUAAAUGGGCAGAUAUGUCUUAUUGGCAUUGCAGUUGGGUGUCUGAACUUCAGAUGGAUGUUUUUCACACUCAAAUGAUACGAAGUUAUAUUCGUAAAUAUGAUAUGGACGAACCUCCCAAACUAGAAGAACCCUUGGAUGAGGCCGAUAAUAGAAUGAAGAGGAUUAGAGAAGCUAAUAUUAAUGAUCAAGAAUUAGAGGAAAAAUAUUACAAGUAUGGUAUUAAACCAGAAUGGCUGAUUGUGCAGAGGGUAAUUAACCACCGAACUACGAGAGAUGGAACCAAUCUGUAUCUUGUUAAAUGGAGAGAUCUUCCGUACGAUCAGGCAACUUGGGAGGAAGAAGUUAUUGAGAUCCCUGGUUUAAAGAAGGCUAUUGAAUAUUACAAUGAGAUGAGAGCUUGCUGUUUGGGAGAAUCUAAAAAAAUUAAAAAAGGAAAAGGGAAAAGAUCGAAGAGAGAUCAAGAUGAUGAUGAAGGGAGCAGAAGUGCAGGAAUAAUGGCCGUUGGUGGACCAGCUACUGGUCAAUACUUUCCACCUCCAGAAAAACCCGUCACAGAUUUAAAAAAGAAAUAUGAUAAACAACCGGAGUAUCUUGACGUCUCUGGUAUGUGUCUUCAUCCAUACCAAUUAGAAGGUUUGAAUUGGUUAAGGUAUUCCUGGGGACAGGGAACGGACACUAUUCUUGCUGACGAGAUGGGUCUUGGAAAAACUAUACAAACUAUUACUUUCCUUUAUUCCCUCUACAAAGAGGGUCAUUGUAAAGGCCCUUUUCUUGUGAGUGUUCCCUUAUCAACAAUAAUCAAUUGGGAAAGAGAGUUUGAAACAUGGGCACCAGAUUUCUAUGUUGUUACUUAUGUUGGAGACAAAGAUUCACGUGCGGUGAUACGUGAAAAUGAAUUUUCCUUCGAUGAUAAUGCUAUCAGAGGAGGAAGAGGUGUUUCAAAAGUUCGCUCAACGGCGAUUAAAUUUCAUGUGCUGUUGACAUCUUAUGAACUUAUUUCUAUUGAUGUAACUUGCCUUGGUUCAAUAGAAUGGGCAGUACUUGUUGUAGACGAAGCGCACAGGCUAAAAAGUAAUCAGAGCAAGUUCUUUAGGCUUCUUGCUUCAUACAACAUUGCUUAUAAACUUCUGCUGACGGGAACUCCGUUGCAAAAUAAUCUGGAAGAAUUGUUUCAUUUACUUAAUUUUCUUACGCCUGAAAAAUUCAAUGACCUUGCCACUUUUCAAAAUGAAUUUGCCGAUAUUUCAAAGGAAGAGCAGGUCAAGAGGCUCCACGAGCUCCUUGGGCCGCAUAUGUUGAGGAGAUUAAAAGCUGAUGUACUCAAGAACAUGCCUACAAAAUCAGAAUUCAUUGUUCGAGUAGAGCUCUCUCCAAUGCAAAAGAAGUACUACAAAUAUAUUCUUACGAGGAAUUUCGAAGCUUUAAAUCCAAAAGGAGGUGGUCAGCAAGUAUCGCUUUUGAACAUUAUGAUGGAUCUUAAAAAAUGCUGUAAUCAUCCCUACCUGUUCCCCGCUGCCUCUCAGGAAGCUCCUUUAGGACCGAACGGAUCCUAUGAUCUCCAAGGAUUAAUCAAAGCUUCUGGAAAAUUGAUACUCUUAUCAAAAAUGCUCAGGAGGCUCAAAGAAGAAGGCCAUAGAGUGCUCAUUUUCUCUCAAAUGACAAAAAUGUUAGACUUGUUGGAAGAUUACUUAGAAGGUGAAGGUUAUAAAUAUGAGCGUAUUGACGGUACUAUCACUGGCAGUUUAAGACAAGAAGCUAUUGAUCGGUUUAACGCCCCUGGAGCUCAACAAUUUGUAUUUCUUUUAUCUACACGUGCUGGUGGUCUUGGUAUCAAUCUUGCUACUGCAGACACUGUUAUUAUUUAUGACUCAGAUUGGAAUCCUCACAAUGACAUUCAAGCCUUUUCAAGAGCGCAUAGGAUAGGACAAGCUAAUAAGGUUAUGAUUUAUCGAUUUGUAACACGUGCUUCCGUUGAAGAAAGAGUAACACAAGUUGCAAAAAGAAAAAUGAUGUUAACACAUCUUGUCGUCCGACCAGGUAUGGGCGGAAAACAAGCAAAUUUUACCAAGCAAGAACUUGAUGAUAUUUUAAGGUUUGGAACAGAAGAACUUUUCAAGGAAGAACAGGGCAAGGAAGAUGAAGCCAUUCAUUAUGAUGAUAAAGCUGUUGAAGAAUUACUAGACAGGUCGAAAAUGGGUAUAGAACAGAAAGAAAAUUGGUCUAAUGAAUAUCUCUCCUCUUUCAAAGUAGCAAGUUAUGUUACCAAAGAAGAAGAUGAAGAUGAGGAAGUUGGAACAGAGGUAAUCAAACAAGAAGCUGAAAACACUGAUCCAGCUUAUUGGGUCAAACUUUUAAGGCAUCAUUAUGAGCAACAGCAGGAGGAUAUUUCUCGAACUCUUGGAAAAGGAAAAAGGAUUCGAAAACAGGUAAAUUACAUCGACGGUGGAGUGAUGGACUCAAGAGAGAACGCCGACUCAACGUGGCAAGAUAAUCUCUCUGACUAUAAUUCUGACUUCUCUGCACCAUCUGAUGAUGAUAAGGAAGACGAUGACUUUGAUGAGAAAAAUGAUGAUGGAACGAGGAAAAAACGUAGGCCAGAAAGGAGAGAGGACAAAGAUAGACCUCUGCCUCCACUUCUUGCUAGAGUCGGUGGAAAUAUUGAAGUUUUGGGAUUCAAUGCCAGACAACGUAAAGCAUUCCUUAACGCCAUCAUGCGCUAUGGAAUGCCCCCUCAGGAUGCUUUUAACUCUCAGUGGCUCGUUCGAGAUCUGAGAGGUAAAUCAGAAAAGCAUUUCAAGGCCUACGUGUCUCUCUUCAUGAGGCAUUUGUGUGAGCCUGGUGCAGACAAUGCUGAAACUUUUGCGGAUGGAGUACCAAGGGAAGGACUUAGUCGGCAGCAUGUUCUCACUAGGAUAGGUGUAAUGUCACUCAUCAGGAAAAAGGUUCAAGAAUUUGAACAAAUUAAUGGAUAUUACUCGAUGCCUGAAAUGUUAAAGAAACCACUUGUCGAGGCUGGUUUGCCCAAAACCAGUGCCAGCAGCAUAGGUGAAGGUGCAAGUAGUUCCGGAACACCUGCAACAUCAGCUGCCCCAAGUCCAGCACCUACGCUAUUGGACAAGGCACAAAUUGAGGAUUUGAGUGAAAAGGAAGAUCCAUCAAAGACUGAGGAUAAAACAACUGAUGAUUCCAAACUUUCAGAAGAGGCUAAAUCUGUGGAUGACGGAAAUAAGCCUCAGACGGAAGGAGAAAAAACAGAAGGAUCUUCUAAUGCAAAUCAAAGUUCUGAAGCUGAGGGAACUGAGGAUAAAAAGCCUAAGGAAGAGCCGAUGGAUGUUGAUGGCGAAGCAGAGGCUAAAGAUGGUGAAAAACCAGAAAAACAAGAAGCUACAGAUGAAAAGGAUGCAGCCCUCAAAGAGGAAGAAAAGGAUGAAGAGGGCAAAGAGAAAGGAGAUGAAGUAGAGGAGAAGAAGGUAAUUGACUUUGAGGAAGAUAAAUCUAAAAGGAAAUUUAUGUUCAACAUUGCUGACGGAGGGUUUACUGAACUGCAUACUCUCUGGCAAAACGAAGAGAAAGCGGCGGUACCUGGUAGGGAGUAUGAGAUUUGGCAUAGGAGACAUGACUAUUGGCUUUUGGGUGGGAUCGUCACCCAUGGCUAUGGUCGUUGGCAAGACAUUCAGAAUGAUAUCAGAUUUGCUAUUAUCAACGAACCAUUCAAGAUGGAUGUUGGAAAAGGAAAUUUCUUGGAAAUUAAAAACAAAUUUCUCGCCAGAAGGUUUAAACUUCUCGAACAAGCUCUAGUAAUAGAAGAACAAUUAAGACGUGCUGCAUAUUUGAAUUUGACACAAGAUCCAAACCAUCCUGCAAUGUCACUUAAUGCGAGGUUUGCAGAGGUUGAAUGUCUUGCUGAAUCUCACCAACACCUCUCAAAGGAGAGUCUUGCUGGCAACAAACCUGCUAAUGCAGUUUUACAUAAAGUAUUGAACCAAUUAGAGGAGCUGCUAUCGGAUAUGAAAUCUGAUGUAUCCCGAUUGCCAGCCACUCUAGCCAGAAUUCCACCUGUAGCCCAAAGGCUGCAGAUGUCUGAACGUUCAAUACUUUCUAGGUUGGCAGCAACGACAUCUCCUGCUACCCCCACCACGUCCCACCAAACUGGUAUGAUAAGCAGCCAGUUUCCAGCCGGAUUUCAAUCAGGACAGCUGACAGGAACAUUUCCAAAUGCCAGUUUUACAAACUUCAGGCCUCAGUAUUCAGUGCCUGGGCAAACUGCUGCCCAGGGCUUUCCUGGUAAUUGAUAAUUGAAGGCUGGAUGACUUUUGUCUGCAAGUUAUUCUCUAUGAGUAAAAAAUAUAGAUUUUUUUUUUUUAAAGGAAGAAAUAAAAGAAGCGUUUUGUUUAGUUUUGUUUAUAGUUCUGUUUAUUUCUUUCAAUUUAUUUCAGCGGAAAAAAAAAAUGCCCAAAAUAAGCAACUUAUUAUUGGACAUGCUAUUUAAAUUUCCUAUUAGAUUAUUUUGUUAUUUGUAAGAUUUUCGGUAUUGUAAGAAUGUCUAUAUGUGAAAGAGUGAGGUUGUACAAGAUUGCCUAAAUACCUUGUAUUAUUUAUUUUUACUAUUGAAAAAAAAUUUUAACUUCGAUCUUAGGUUAAGGGUAAUAAAAAAAUGUUAAGUAAAAAAUAAAAAUAGAAAAAAAAAUAUAACCUUUCCCUUAAAAAGGAAGAGUUAUGUAUCAAAGAUUAAUGAAUACACAUUUAUUUUAUUCUGUUCGCAUUUUAAAAUUUUUCGAUCUCAGGUGUAAUGCAUACAAAUGUUUUAUCAUUGACUUAAAAUUAGAAUUCAACAGAUUGAUUUUGAAAUUAGAAAAUAAAUUCAGAUAUUUUGUAAAUGAUUUUCUUUAUUAUUUUAUGUUUAUAAAUAAAUAUUUAAACAUUUUAACUUAUAUAUUAAUCGUUGUUUUAUUUCUUGUAUUAAGAUUUACAUUUUUUAUUAAAGUUCUUUUUUCAAAAUUUCAGUGGUAUUCAUUUUUUUAAAAAUAUAUUAGUGAAUAUCCGAAUAGCUGUAUUUUUGAGAACUUGAAAGUGUUUUUUGGUUGGAUGAACACCAAUAAACUCGUUAUUAAAUUCAUUUACCUGGAGCUUUACUAUGCCUUAUCAGUUGAGGUAUAACAGUAUCAGAGAAUAAAUGAAACUUGACAACUGUUGAAUUUUUAAUAUAUUAGCUAAGGGAUAACAACAGUAUCUGCUAAUGUUCAUUGGCAUGGUCUUUAUACUAUAGUAUUAUUUUUUAAUAAUUUAUCUACCUCAAGAGAUACGCAUAUAACCCAGUAUUACACAGAGUUGAAGUGGCUCUAUCUAUCCAACCGCUGUCUGUAUUUCUCUGCUAUCUUUUUAUACCAUAUUUUUAAGCCAUCAGAACUCAGUGACUCUCCUAUAUUUUUUAUAGCCUACCAUUUAAAUGCUCCAUUCAAUGCCUUCCCACUAUAUCCCGUACUUCCAACCUCUAUCCUCCUCAUGGACUGCUGUGUUUGACUAACCUUUGUAAUCCAAGCUGUCUCUGUCUGGAAUUCUAUCCCUCCUCUUUAAACACCUACUACUUUCACAAUCAUACUGAUUAUGAAAUGUAUCUAAGGGCUCUUUCACAGUGAAGAUGCAAGAUGCAGGAUGCAUGCAUCUUAAAUACUGGACUGUGUAAUAGAAAGAGAGCUGUCACGGCGAAGAUGUAAGUGCAUCUUGGGAACCAGCCGUUCGGAGAUUUUUCUCGUUCCGGUCGGCUUACACCGCCAACAUUUGGUCUACCCUCUCCUUUCUCAAUUUUCUCUAAGCUGUUGUGACUGAUGUCUCUAUCAAUUGCUUUUUUAUUUUCAACUAUUGUUUUAUUUUUUUUAUCAAUUGCUAAACUAUUUCUCCAUAUGUUUUUACCUAUUUUUCUUUUUAUUACCA